CCAGCGCCCAAUGGGACGGACUGACCCGAAGAGGAGGAGGUGACGGCUGCGGCCCAGCUGGGGCUCUUGGAGGGAACGAGGAUGGCAUCUCUGACCCCCGAUACCCCGUGUUCCUGCGACUGCUUUGUCUCCGUGCCCCCGGCCUCUGCCACCCCAGCCGUCAUCUUUGCCAAGAACUCUGACAGGCCCCGGGAGGAGGUGCAGGAGGUGGUGUUUGUACCUGCAGCCACGCAUGCCCCUGGGAGUCUUCUCCAGUGCACCUACAUUCAGGUGGAGCAGGUGUCGAGGACGCAUGCUGUGGUCCUGAGCCGCCCUUCUUGGCUGUGGGGGGCUGAGAUGGGUGCGAAUGAGCAUGGGGUCUGCAUUGGCAAUGAGGCGGUGUGGACCAAGGAGCCUGUUGGAGAGGGGGAGGCCCUGCUGGGCAUGGACCUACUCAGGCUGGCUCUAGAGCGGAGUACCUCAGCCCAGGAAGCCUUGCAGGUGAUCACAGGUUUGCUGGAGUGUGUGUGUGUGUGUGUGUCAACUCCUACUGGGAAUCUGGAAACAGAGAGGCCUGGGAGUGGGGAAGACACUCCAGAACUGGAGAAGCAGGUCCUUCCUUCAAAGCCAGACGGUCCCGGGGUCUGUCGGCGUCCCCUCCACCCUCAGGGAAGCCUGUCCCUGGACUCAGCUCUGCCUUCCCUGCAGGAUCUGGGGCAGCAGAUCCAGCGGAAGCAGCGGGCUCUGGAGCAGGAAGGCUUGGAGGUGGCCCGGGGGCUGCUGGCCGGGCAGCAGGCCCCACCUGCCCAAGAGUGGGGCAAGCUCUUCCAGACCUUCGUGGGGAGAGAGAGCCGGAUGUAUGCCUGAGCACCGCAGCCCCUCCGGCCGGAACUUGGACAGUGCGCUCGCUCGGGCCCAGCCUGACCCGUCCUUCACGCCCCAGCGGCCAGCUCAGCCUUCGCCCUAAUAAAAGUAUUUCAUUUC